AUGAAAAGAGAUGCGUCGUCGCUCUGCUCUUCUGCGGCGCCUGUCAAGCCCAAGAUCUUCAUCAUCAGCAUGUUUUCGUCCGAGGCCGAUGUCUGGUACGAGGACACUACUCUCAACCUUUACGCAAACAAUGUGACCGUGCCUGGUUUCUCGCCCCUCUUCCCAGACGCACAUUGUACUGCGUCUGGAGAAGUCUGCCAGUUGACCACUGGAGAAGGAGAAAUCAAUGCCGCUGGUACACUCCUUGCUCUGUGGUCGUCGGGAUGCUUUGAUUUGACUUCCACCUACUUUAUGAUUGCUGGUAUCUCUGGUGGAAACCCUCAUCUGGUAACCACCGGAUCUGUGACUUUCGCCAAGUACGCUGUACAAGUUGGCCUGCAAGAGGAAUUUGACCAGUCACAAGUCCCCGCCAACGCUACAUCUGGGUACUAUCCCCAAGGCGCCUACUACCCCGACGAGGCCAAUCCAAUCGAUUAUCCGGGAUCGCUCUAUGGUACCGAAGUCUUUGAAGUCAAUGAGAACCUUCUUGAUCGUGCCUAUUACCUCGCAUCCUUGGCCACUCUCAACGACACCGAUGCCGCGGCUGCAUACCGCGCGACCUAUGGAUACUCUCCGGCCAAUCAGCCUCCUAGUGUCGUCAAGUGCGACAGCGCCACCUCUGAUCAGUACUGGUCCGGUUCAGUCCUGGGCAAUGCCUUCAGCAACUACACCGCGCUGCUUACCAAUGGCUCUGGAGUCUACUGCGGUACCCAGCAAGAAGACAACGCAACCCUCGAGUCGCUGAUCCGCGGUGCCAUUAUUGGCAAGCUGGAAUUCAGUCGCAUUAUCAUCAUGAGAACCAUCAGCGACUUUGAUCGUGCGCCGCCCGGCGAGACUGAGGUCUACCAUCUGCUUUAUGCCGAGCAGGAGGGCUUUGAGAUCAGUAUUCAGAACAUUUACCUUGCGGGUAUCGAGAUUGUCAAGGAUGUUUUGAUGUACUGGAAUGGUACAUAUGACAAGGGUCUGAAGCCAGGCAAUUACAUUGGUGAUGUGUUCAACAGCCUGCCUGGACCUAUCGCGCCUGAUAUCGGUGAUGAGGCCAACUACAUCAACGCUUGA